AUGUCAUAUAAAAUUUCAUUAGUAGGUUUGGAGGGUAGUGGAAAAACAACAUUAGCCAAAGUUUUAAAUGACUAACAUCAAAUAAACAAUAUGACUUUGGAAGUCAAUGAAGAUAUGCCAAAUUCAGAUGUGAUGAUCUUCUGUUUGGAUGGUAGUAACAUGCAACAGUUGCAUCAUAGUAAGGCAGCAUUAGAGUAAAUAAAUGGCAAAGAAUAAUUAAUUAUCUUGCAAACAAAAGCAGAUAUUCAAACUAUUGAAGAAGGAGAAUUAAGAAACUUCUUGGGUGUUGGUGAAGUUCCAAUCUUGCCAAUUUCUGCAAUAAAUGGGGAUGGAUUACCUUAAUUAAUCACAUUUUUAAGUUAACAGAUAUAACCAACACAAUAGAACUUUUCAGCAGAACCAAGAGUAGUACCAAGUAGAGGAAAGUAUAGAAUAAACGAAUAAAAUUAAAUAUCAAAGCCUAUGCAAACUUUUUAAAAUUUAAUGAAGGAUCACGUAUGUAUGUAUUAAAAUUGUAGAAAAUUAAGCAACGUACUCCAAUGGAAUAGGAAUAAGAAUAUAUACGUUUAGAAAAAGAGCGUAUUAAAGUAGAGAAUAUGUCAGCAUAAUUGAAUAAUUUCAAAAGGAAACUAAAAAAAGAAGGUAUAUUAUUCCUGUAUUAUCAUAGACACAUAUGAUAUCAAAGCCACAGCCAAUCCUAGGAUAUAAGUUAAUUUAGAAUUCUUUUUAACAGAUACAUUAGCUUAAUGUGAAUAAUAAAAAAAUACUUUAUCAACUUAAACUGAUAAAUUGUUUAAAAAACCAGAAGAUCCUCCUUUUAUUCCAAAAAAAACAGGAAUAGAUGCUGCAACUUAAGUAGAGGAUUAUGAAUUAUUUGAUUUUGACAGAGAAGUAACACCUAUUUUGAAUGUGAUUUGCACAAAGACUUUAGAAUAAGCUUGUUUAGAAAUAGAAUAAGAAGAAGAAUUUAUGGCUAUGUAUAGAUUUAAAGAAGCUUUUGAGAAGAGAAGAGUAAAUGAGAAAAUUAAAUAACAUGUUACAGUUGAUAGAGAAAAAUAAUUGAUUGAUCAAAAAACUGAAGUUUUGAAAAAGUAUUCUUAGAAAUAAGAGAGAAUGCAAAAAGUCAUUUUUAAAGCUUAAGCUCAUGCAAUUGCUAAAGAAUAUUUAAAACCUUUAUAAGGAUAAAUAAUGUAAUAAGUAAUUUAAAGUGGAUUUUAUCCAAAUGAAUUUAUGAAUCAAUUAUAAACAAAAUUUAUGGAUUAUUUAGUUAGAAAAACAUAAGAAGAAGUAAUUAGAUUAGUUGAUCUUAAUAAUUCAAUGAAAACUGCAUUUAAUGUUAAUAAUUUUGAACAAAUACCUAAAGUAAGAAAACCAUUUGAUUUAUAAAUAUAAAAGAAAAAAGAUAGGUAAGCUUUAAGAAUGAUUAAUUAUUCAAAUAAAAGAGCUAUUCUUAUAUACUAUUAGGAUUUAGUACCUCUUUAGAGUAUUAUAUAUAUGACAUUGUCUAAAUUCUUAGAUGGAUCAUUUGAAGAAUGGAAAAAGACUUAUGAUUAAAGAGUGGCUGAAUUAGAAUAAAAGUUAGAGAGUAAUGAAAUAAAUGAAGAAGACUUUGCAAAUUAAAAAAGAACUGAAUAUCCUGAUUUAUAAGAGGGAUAUUUUGGUGCAUCUAUUAAUAAUUUUACUAGAUUUGCAUUUUCUAUGGCUCAUGAUUAAUUUUAUUUAACAAGUGAUUAAAGAUUAUAAAUAGUUGCAUAUAUUUUAAGAAAAGAUGGAACAUAUGAAAUUGUAAAUAAAGAAUCUAAAAAUUAUGGAAAAGUAUUUAAAUGGAAAAAAUUUAGAUUACCAAUAAAAUAAACUGAUGAUGAAGCUUUGUUAUUAAGAUUACAAGAAUUAGAUUCUGAAAUAAUUGCAAUAGUUUUUGGUUUAUUAUUGCCAAAUCUAUAAAAUAAUAUUAAGGCUUUAGAAUGGGUAUAAAAUGCUAGAUUUGGUUUGUAUGAUGCAAAAUAUUGUAUUCCAUUUGCAUAAACCAAUGUAAAUAAGGCAUUUAAAUUAGAAGAACUUGUAAAAUAAGUUGAUGACCCAGAAUUAGCUGAAGCACCUUAGACUGUAUUUAUGAGUUGUUUCACAUUAAUUAAACGAUUUAAAUAAUAUGGUGGUUGGUAUAUAGAAAAUACUUAAGCUGCAACUAAAGGUAUGUUAAAUUAAGAAAUUGAACCUUUUUAUGAGAAACUUUCAUAAUUUCUUAUUGAGAUGUAUGAGUUUACACUUGAAAGGGAUAGAGAUAUAAUUUCUAGUAUUUAAGAGAAAGAGAAAGAAAAAGAUAGUACAUUAACAAAUCAAGAAUUAUAAAUGAGUAAUUUAUUAUCUUUAAUUUAUAGUAAUUACUAAAUCAAAAAUUCCUUAAUAAAAAAAAAUGCCUACAGAACCUAAUGCUACUGAUUCUGCUUUACCAUCAUCAAGACCACUUGAAGAACCUUCGGAUUACACUAAAUCUUAAUUUAAUUCAAUGAUUAUAGAACCAUUAAUAUUAGAUAUGAAUGAUUCCUUUGAAAUUGUAGAGUCAUAAUUGAUAAACCAUCUUAGUAAUGUUGCUUAAAGAUUGGUUAAUAGUUGUACAUGGGGAUUUGAAUUGAAAGUUAGAGGUAAUUCAUUUUUAAGAGUGAAAUAAUUAAUUAGAGUAAUUAUAAUAUCAAUAAUAUCUAUUUAGUUAAGAAAUGUUGGUGAUAUGACAAUUGUAAGAAAGGCAGAACCUCCUAAGGAAGAAGUUCCAGUGCAAUAAGAAGAGAAUAAGGAUAAUGAUGAUAAUGAUAAUGAUUCCUGAAA